UUUCUUUCAAGAUUCAUAUUGCCUUGCUUGAAGUUAUUGAUGUGCUAGGUUCAAACCUAGGUUUAUGCAUAAGAUGUUGGAAAACAUUGGUUGAAGUAGGUUUGGUGAACUUGAAUUAUUCAUGUAUCAUCUGGUUUCAUAUGGAUACACCAGCCAAUACUAUUCUCUUGUUCUCAGCUGUUUCCAUAUCUUUCUUAUUUCACUAGGUUUCAAAAGUGAAAAGCCUAUACUUGAAUUUGAGAGCUAAGAAAGAAUGGAACAAGGAAAGUCAUUGGGCGUGAAGGCAUUUUUGAAGAGAAGUGGAGAGACAACUGAAGUUCGUAGAUUCACAGUUGACCAGGAUGUUGCUGCCAACUAUGUAUAUUUGCAAGGAAAGGUUCGGGCUGUGUUCCCCUGCCUGCAACGCUCUGAUUUCACUGUGACAUGGAUUGACAAAGAAGGAGAUGACAUCACUAUUUCCUGUGAUGAGGAACUCCAAGAGGCCAUCAUGGAGACCAUGAAUGUGGGAGGGUCAGAAUUCUUCAAGCUGAAUGUUCAUGCAGAUGCAAAACCCACUCAAACCAAAGAUGGAGAAGUUCAUGAAGGUGUUGUUUGUGAUGGAUGUGAGGGCCCUGUGAAGGGUUUUCGUUACAAAUGCCUUCAGUGCCAUGAUUAUGACCUUUGUGGAGGCUGUGAGAUGACUGGAAAGAAGCAUGCUGCUCAUCAUAUGAUUCGGAUCCCUUCUCCUGAGGAUUGUCCAGGGCGAUGGGGUAGGGGGUGGCGGCGUCGCUUCCGACAUGCUCCCAUGUUUGGCUUCUGGGGUGAUCAUCAUGGCAGGGGUUUCCGUGGAGGCAGAAGGUGCAAUAUGCCACCACCACCUCCAAUCUGGGAAGGAGCAGGAGAGAUAGGACGCAUGGCCAAGGAAUUCACCCGUCAUCUGUGGUCUGCACUUGGUGGUUACCCAAUGCCUGAAGGAGAGGGAGAACAGCAAGGGAUUGAUACAGAAGUGGAUGUUGUGACUGGUGACAAGCUGAAACGAUGUGGCGGUCAAUGUCCGACUGCCAAAUCCUCUGCCUCAAAUGACCAAGAAAUGGAUGCUGAAUCUGGGGUAGAGAAGGACUCUGCUAGUGCUGCUCAAGGCGAGAAGGAAAAGGACAAGAAUGUGACUGAUGCUGGGGUGAGGGAUAAGUCUCCUGAUGAGAAGGAAUCUGGAUGGACCUUUGUCAGGAAGGAUGCUGAAGGUGAUGGAGGUGCUCGACCAAAGACCCCUCCUGGUGCAUCUGCUGAUCCUCAGCCGAGCAUCAGUGCCACAGACUCGACUAUUUAUCCCAGUCUUUCUGGGAUCCCAUUGCAGCCAUCCCACCCCAAUCCAAAGGUAGCCCACAGUCUUGGUCUGAUGUUGAUGAUGGGAUUCACCAACGAAGGUGGCUGGCUCACUCGACUGCUAGAAGAGAAAGAUGGAGACAUUGGCAAGGUUUUGGAUGUCAUUCAACCCUUCAAGAGGACUCCUGCUCCUCUCAUGUCUUUUGAUUAGAUUGGCUUGGAUGUGUAUUGUAUAUUGAAAUGGAUGACACCUUAUCCCAUGUACACUCCAUCUUUUAUCUUUCACUUUGUGAAUGUGUGUGAUAGAAGUCUGUGAUUGAAUGAAUCAUGAAUAAUUUCUUAUUUCAGGUUUUUUUUAAAGUUUUUUUGUUUUUCUUUAUAGAUUCCCACUGGCACAUAUCAGGAUAUGUUCCAGUUUAUAUAAAAUGUUGCACACUGUCUUCUUGUGUACCUGUAAUCUCAACUUGUCUACUGUAUUUUACUGGGGAAAUGACAUUGUAGAAGGAAUAAAGAUGGUGAAAGAUGCAGGACAAA